AUUUUCUCAUGUGGAAAAUCAAAGUUAUAUAAUAUCAUGUUAUUAAAUAGGGCCAAGAAGCAUGUCUUAUUCAUCUUUGUAUCCUCUGUGGCUAGCAUUGUAUCUGGCACACAAUAAAUGUUUCUCAAAAUAAAGAUUAAUAUCAUAGAAAAACCAUGCCCUAUUUUACUUUUGGUAUUAAAAAAGAAAGCAUGCACACACAAUAUCUAAUCCAUUAUUUGCGGUUAAUAGAGGCUGAUCUUACUCCUUUUUGUCCCUGUACCACCUGAAUGCCACCCUGCAUUCACCGACUUCAGCACAUUCUAUACAUUGUCUGCACAAUCAGUAUAAUAAGCACUGAGUUCAAGUUCUGUCACUAAAUAACUGUAAUCUGAAGCUGAGUAAUGAAAAUUUCUAUGCCUCCAUUUCUUCAAAUGGAAAAUGGGGGCAACAGAAUAGAUGAGAUUGGGACUUUCAUGGUGGUCCAGUGGUUAAGACUCCAUGCUUACGAUGGUUACAUCCUUUGUCAGGGAAUAGAGCCUGCGUGUCACAACUACAGAUCCUACAUGCAGAAAAUAAGAGCCUGCACAGCCAAAUUAAAAAAAGAAAAGUUGAACUAAAGACAACUGGUAGUUCUUAAAUGGGAGAAUUUAAAAGGUAGAGAAAAAGACAGGAAGCACGAUAAAAAUGUAAUGAUUAUAGUACCUUCAGUUCAGUUCAGUCACUCCGUUGUGUCUGACUCUUUGUGACCCCAUGGACUGCAGCACACCAGGCCUCCCUGUCCAUCACCAAAUCCUGGAGCUUGCUCAAACUCAUGUCCAUCAAGUCGAUGAUGCCAUCCAACCAUCUCAUCCUCUGUCAUCCCUGUCUCCUCCUGCCUUCAAUCCUUCCCUUCAAUCUUUCAAUCAGGGUCUUUUCUAAUGAGCCAGUUCUUUGCAUCAGGUGGCCAAAGUAUUGGAGCUUCUUCUUCAGCAUCAGUCUUUCCAAUGAAUAUUCAGGGUUGAUUUCCUUUAGGAUUGACUGGUUUGAUCUCCUUGCAGUCCAAGGGACUCUUAAGAGUCUUCUACAACACUACAGCUCAAAAGCAUCAAUUUUUCUGCACUUAGUUUUUUUAUGGUCCAACUCUCACAUCCAUACAUGACUACUGGAAAAACCAUAGCUUUGACUACACAAACCCUUGUUGGCAAAGUAAUGUCUCCACUUUUUAAUAUGCUGUCCAGGCUUGUCAUAGCUUUUCUUCAGUGGAGCAAGCAUCUUUUAAUUUCAAGGGUGCAGUCACCAUCUGCAGGGCCCAGAUGGUGCAGAUGUUUUUUCAGAGCCCCAAAAAACAGUCUGUCACUGUUUCUAUUGUUUCCCCAUCUAUUUGCCAUGAAGUGAUGGGACCAGAUGCCAUGAUCUUCGUUUUUUGAAUGUUGAGCUUUAAGCCAACUUUUUCACUCUCCUCUUUCACUUUCAUCAAGAGGCUCUUUAGUUCUUCUUCACUUUCUUCCAUAAGGGUGGUGUCAUCUGCAUAUCUGAGCUUGUUGAUAUUUCUCCUGGCAAUCUUGAUUCCAGCCUGUGCUUCUUCCAGCCCAGCGUUCCUCAUGAUGUACUGUGCAUAUAAGUUAAAUAAGCAGGGUGACAAUAUACAGCCUUGAAGUCCUCCUUUCCCAAUUUGGAACCUGUCUGUUGUUCUAUGUCUAGUUCUAACUGUUGCUUCUAGACCUGCAUACAGAUUUCUCAGGAAACAGGUAAGGUGGUCUGGUAUUCCCAUCUCUUUAAGAAUUUUCCACAGUUGUUGUGAUCCACAUAGUCAAAGGCUUUAGCAUAGUCAAUGAAGCAGAAGUAGGUACUUUUCUACAAUCUCUUGCUCGUCCUAUGAUCCAAUGGAUGUUUGGCGAUUUGAUCUCUUAUUCCUUUGCCUUUUCUAAAUCCAGGUUGAAUAUCUGGAAGUUCUCGGUUCAUGUACUGUUGAAGCCUAGCUUGGAGUAUUUUGAGCAUUACUUUGCUAGCAUGUGAGAUGAGCGCAAUUGUGAGGUAGUUUGAGCAUUCCUUGGCAUUGCCUUUCUUUGGGAUUGGAAUGAGAACUGAUCUUUUCCAGUCCUGUGGCCACUGCUGAUUUUCCAACCUUGCUGGCAUAUUGAGUGCAGCACUUUAAUAGCAGCAUCUUUUAGGAUUCAAAAUAGUUCACUAGCUUUGUUCGUAGUGAUGCUUCCUAAGGCCCAACUGACUUUGCACUUCAGGAUCUCCAUGUAAAUUUUAGAAUCAGUUUGUCUCAUUCCAGGGGAGUUUUUGGUGGUUUGUGUUGUUUUUUUUUUUUUUUAGUUUUUGUAACUCUUGUGUGAUUCUAAUGAGUAGCCAGCAUAAAAAAAAAAUCACUGCUGGCCAUUCACUUUGACAUUCUCUAUUACCUACUUAGCUGGUUGCAUGUGAAAGUGACACCUAGGCUCACCUGCACUUUCUUAUUCCAGAUGAAAGGAGAAGCUGGACAUAUGCUACACAAUGAGAAUCCAAACCAGGAGGGACACACCUGGGGCUCCAUGAGGAGGACGGCUUUCAUCCUGGGCUCCGGCCUUCUCUUGCUGAUGGCCCACUGGAACUGCGUCACAGGGCAUCUUCAGAGAUUUUGGGGUGUUUCCGGCUACUUUUGGCAAGCCCAGUGGGAGAGGCUGCUGUCUACAUUUGAAGGGAAAGAGUGGCUGCUCUACAUUCUCGGGGUCACCCAAGUGCCUCUUCUGGUCUACUGGACCUUCAGUGGACUUCUCCUGGUGGCAGACGUGACUGGAAAGCCUAACUUCAUCUCCCGCUACCGAAUUCAGGUCAGCAACAAUGACCGUGUGGACCCCAUGAAACUACGCCAGUCUAUCCUCAUGAUUCUCUUCAAUCAAUUCGUGAUCUCUCUUCCCAUGCUGGUCUCACUCUACCCCAUCCUCAAGUUGUGGGGAGACCCCUGCCAUCGAGAGCGCCCCACCUUCCACUGGUUCCUCCUGGAGCUGGUCGUCUUCACGCUGAUUAAGCUAAUGCUAUUCUACUACUCACACCGGGAAGCACUCCUUCACCACCCAAAACUCUACAAGAAAAUCCAUAAGAAACACCACGAGUGGACAGUACCCAUCGCUGCAACCUGUCUGUCUGUCCACCCUAUUGAGCAUGUGAUCAACAUGCUGCUGGCAAUACUGGGUCCAACAGUAAUGGGCUCCCCCUUGUCCUCCUUCACCACGUGCAUUUCCUUGGCCCUCACCUUCACCAUGAUCUCCCACUGUGGCUACCACCUACCCUUCUUGCCUUCACCUGAAUUCCAUGACUACCAGCAUCAAAAGGUCGACCAGUGCUAUGGGGCCCUGGGGAUGCUGGACUAUUGCCAAGGGACUGACACCGUGUUUAAGCAGGCCAAGGCCUACAAGAGACAUAUGAUCCUGCUGGGCUUCACCCCACUCUCUGAGAGCAUCCCCGAUCCUCUGAAGAUGAUGGACUAAGAGACAGCCACAGUUCCACAUCGGUCAUCCCUCAGCAGACAGUCCUCUGCUAUGCCUGAGGACUCCUACUCACAUCUAACAGCUUGCUCCUUCAGCCACACACUGAUGACAACCCUACGAGAGCAGGGGAAGAUCAGCUUCCUGGAAAAGCAGAGCCACAGAGACUAAGGCUCCCCCAACUGCUGUUAUCCAUAGUGGGUCCAAGCAAAGAAAGGAAAAA